AUGUCCGUAACAGACUUUGAUAUAUUAGAAAAGCUUGGAGAAGGCGCCUACUCAACAGUUUUUAAAGUCCGCCGCAGAUCAGAUGGCAAAACUUAUGCCCUCAAAAAAGUUCGGUUUAUGCCUCUGAAAGAUAAAGAGAAAGAGAACGCUGUAAAUGAAGUCCGUAUAUUAGCAUCAAUAAAUCAUCCUAAUGUAAUAGGAUAUAAAGAAGCUUUCAUAGAUGAAUCCACAAAUACUUUAUGUCUUAUCAUGGAAUUUGCAGAUAACGGAGAUUUGCUUCAAAAAAUUACAAAUCACCAAAAGCGCAAUACUUAUUUUUCAGAAUCCGAAAUCUGGGAUAUUUUUAUCCAAGCUGUAAGAGGUCUUAAAGCUCUUCAUGAUCUCAAUAUUCUUCAUAGGGACUUAAAAUGUGCCAAUUUAUUCAUGUGUAGUGACGGAACAGUAAAACUUGGAGAUAUGAAUGUUUCAAAAGUAGCCAAACUAGGCUUGGUUUAUACACAGACCGGGACUCCUUAUUAUGCAAGCCCAGAGGUAUGGAAGGAUAAGCCUUACGACUCGAAAAGUGACAUAUGAAGUCUUGGCUGUGUUAUCUAUGAAACUGCAACUUUAAAUCCGCCAUUCAGAGCACAAGAUAUGAAAGGGCUAUAUAGAAAAGUGAUAAAAGGAGAAUACCCGCCCCUCCCAAGCAGAUAUUCAGCACAGCUUUCAGAUUUGAUUAAAUUGCUAUUGAGGGUGGACCCUUCUAGGAGACCGACAUGUGACGAAAUUUUAAGUAUGUCAGCUGUUUCAAAGAGAAACACAAGAAACCAUACCGAAAAUUUGCCUGAAAAUAACCUUCUUGGGACUAUAAAAAUUCCAAGGCAGAUGAAAGGUCUUGCACAUAAUUUGCCAGCUGCCAGCUAUGAAAAAGAGAGAAGUUUCCAUAGUGUUCCAGCAGCAAGUAAAAGAAUGGGUAUGAAAAAAUCAAAAGACAUGUCUAAUGCCAGUGAUACGAUAUCAAAUAGAUUUUCAAGUGAAAUUCAAAGUCAAAAAUCAAGAGUAUUUAGUGAAAAAGAAAUAAAGCCACGAGACUUGCUGCAACAAAAAGUUAUUUUGCCUGAAAUUGAGCCUUUGAGACCUUACAAUGUAGAGAGGAGGAUGCAGUAUAAAGAAGAUCAUGAUAUUUUUUCAAGACAAAGAGCUCAACCUUGUAAAAUUUAAUUAGAUAAAGCUCCACAAGUAGUUUCUCAUUCACCUUAUGCGCAAGGAACGAUUGCACAGAGAAUUCAAGCUUUGAAAGUUCAGUAUGAUAAUGUCCCGCCAAGCAUUGGAAUUCCACGGCAGCAAAAUUAUCAAAGGCCGGUUGUUCAGCCUUCUUGGUGGGGUUAG